CUCAAAGUCCUGCCCUGGCGGGACUCAAAAGUCCGAGGGCACCACUGCCUGACGGAAGGGGCGGGACUAGACAGAUUCGUUUCGUUGAAACACUGACAUGCCAGGGCCUGGUCCUGCAGGCUCCCUCGGGCAGACACACCAGUAAAGGAGACCGGGGAAUGGCUGCGGUGUGGCAGCAGGUCUUAGCAGUGGACGCGAGAUACAACGCAUACCGCACACCAACGUUUCCACAGUUUCGGACACAGUAUAUUCGGCGGCGCAGCCAGCUGCUGCGGGAGAAUGCCAAGGCAGGGCAUCCUCCGGCACUGCGUCGACAGUACCUGAGGUUGCGAAGUCAGCUGUUGGGCCAGCGCUACGGGCCUCUCUCUGAACCAGGCAGUGCUCGUGCUUAUAGCAACAGCAUCGUCCGCGGUAGCAGAACCACCCUUGACCGCAUGGAGGACUUUGAGGAUGAUCCCCGGGCUCUAGGGGCCCGUGGGCACCGACGUUCUGUCAGCCGAGGCUCUUAUCAGCUGCAGGCACAGAUGAAUCGGGCAGUCUACGAGGAUAGGCCCCCUGGCAGUGUGGUACCCACGUCUGCAGCCGAAGCAAGUCGAGCCAUGGCUGGGGACACAUCUCUGAGUGAGAACUAUGCCUUUGCAGGCAUGUAUCAUGUGUUCGACCAACAUGUGGAUGAAGCAGUCCCACGUGUGCGCUUUGCCAAUGAUGAUCGGCACCGCCUGGCCUGCUGCUCCCUGGAUGGCAGCAUCUCAUUAUGCCAACUGGUGCCUGCCCCCCCCACCGUUCUGCAUGUCCUGCGGGGCCACACCCGUGGCGUCUCCGACUUCGCCUGGUCCCUAUCCAAUGACAUUCUGGUGUCUACCUCCCUGGAUGCUACCAUGCGUAUCUGGGCUUCUGAGGAUGGCCGUUGUAUCCGGGAGAUUCCUGACCUUGAUGGCGCCGAGCUACUCUGCUGCACCUUCCAGCCCGUCAACAACAACCUCACUGUGGUGGGGAAUGCAAAGCACAAUGUACAUGUGAUGAACAUCUCAACGGGCAAGAAAGUGAAGGGCGGCUCCAGCAAGCUGACAGGCCGUGUCCUUGCCCUAUCCUUUGAUGCGCCAGGCCGCCUUCUCUGGGCUGGUGAUGACCGCGGCAGUAUUUUCUCCUUCCUCUUUGACAUGGCCACAGGGAAGUUGACCAAAGCCAAACGUCUAGUGGUACAUGAGGGUAGCCCUGUUACCAGCAUUUCUGCCCGUUCCUGGGUCAGUCGGGAGGCCCGAGACCCCUCGCUGCUCAUCAAUGCUUGUCUCAACAAACUGCUGCUCUACAGGGUGGUAGACAAUGAAGGAACCCUGCAGCUGAAGAGAAGCUUCCCCAUUGAGCAGAGCUCACAUCCUGUGCGCAGUAUUUUCUGCCCUCUCAUGUCCUUUCGCCAGGGGGCCUGUGUAGUGACAGGCAGCGAGGACAUGUGCGUGCAUUUCUUCGAUGUGGAGCGAGCAGCAAAGGCUGCCGUCAACAAACUACAAGGCCAUAGUGCUCCCGUGCUGGAUGUCAGCUUCAACUGUGAUGAAAGCCUGCUGGCCUCCAGUGAUGCCAGUGGCAUGGUCAUCGUCUGGCGGCGGGAGCAGAAGUAGGAGCCCAUUAGCUCCUUCCAGCCAGUCUUGGGUUUGUAAAUAAAAUUUCUUUGCUGUGCUUAUGGGCUGGUUCCCAAGUGGCUUGGGGGUGGGGAGGGUGCAGGUCUAGGUCCCAGGAAAGAAUGGGGGUUCACUUGCCCACUCACACAUCAACUGAUUUCUUUUGACACCCAUGUCUUUACACUGGUCAUGUCCAGGCACCAUGUGGAAGUGCCAUGUAGUCAUACCAUAGGCAGAUGGCACUGAUUUUGUGCCAGGAACUGUUCUCAGCUGGGAUUGGGGUGGGCCCUACUUUCCACUGACAGUGGGAGGGAAGGAAAUUCACCAAUAGGAAACUGCAGGAAUUGGGGUGGGAUUUGGAAAGGGGGGCCUGCUAGGGGAAAUCACUGGGUGGUUUUGAGCAGAGGAAGAACAGAUUUGGGUCAGUUAACUGAGUUUGGGAAUAAGAUAGUUUGGAGUGGGCUUACUGGCCUGUUUGUGCUCAGAUUUCUUUUUAUUUAUGUUUUGGUUAUUUUGGCCACACCCAAUGACGUUCUUGGCUAUAUGCUCAGAAAUUGCUCCUGGCUUGGGGGACUAUAUGGGAUGCUGAGGGAUCAAACCGAGAUCUGUACUAGGUUAGCGAGUGCAAGGCCCUCCUGCUUGCACCACCGCUCUGGCCCCUGUGCUGAGAUUUCUUGACUGCUGGGAGACUGCUCUGGAUGAAUGUUGCCCCUCUGUGAAGUCUCCAUUUCAUCCUCUGUACAACUUAUGAUAUAAAAUGUUCACAAAACUCUUGGACCGGCUCAAUAAUUUGACGUAAUUAAAGUUUGCUUCUCAUUA